AUGCAAUUGAAAUUGCGCAAGGGGGUCAUUUUAGAUGGAACGGUGGUGCAGGCUCGGAAGAACUGCAUGAAGCGGUGGCUUGGAAGAACUGCAUGGAGCGAUGUUGAAGGGACGCCCACCCUUUCGCCUUCGGCCAGGUUUGUUACGCCGCUCGUGUCCCUGCUCAUGAGCUCCAGAGCUCACAGGCUUCUGUGGAUGGUGGCGUUGCUGCUACAGCAAGAGAUUCCGCCAUUGACAAUGAAGAAAGCUGGAGAGGAAAAAGAUGGGGUUAGCGAGAUGGAAAGUGGAGAGGGGGGAAACCAUUCUCCUGACUUAGAGACGCAUGAGGAGAUCCUUAACUUGAUUUCAUGGGCGGCAUUGUUGACGAGGAGCGUCCUCUGUUGCAAACGCACAUUCGAUGACCUUCUUGAGCGCAUCGUACAAACAGGCUCUUUCUUUGCGAGUCUUGGAAAAUUGGACCAAGAUAUUCUUCUUAAGGCCGUGGGAACCAACCUUGAGGGAAUUGCAGCCAGCUUACGGCCUGUUUUGGAGCUCAUUGACUUAUGCCGGGAGCCAUCCCUCCGGCUACAUCUCCUCCUACAACACGAAGAGAUCCUGAAAAGGGCAGCGCUGCUAGGCGGCAUUGUUGGACACAAAGUCGAAGACUUGAUAAACGAGUUGACAAGAAUUUCUGUAGACCUCGAGCAGAAGCCUCUCAAAAAGGCUGUUAAUGCUGCAUUCCAGUUACAGCAUGUAUUGUAUGCAAUUGAUGACAGUGAUCGAGAUGCUUAUGACAAGAUAUAUCUCCUUGUGCAGAAACGUCAACCCACCAAAGACUCCAAUAUCUCCUCUAGCGAGGUUUCCUACGUCAAUGGCGAGCCACUGCAAUUGUUCUCGGAAAUGCUCGUGAGAGGAGCUCUCAGUGGUGCAACUGCCAAUCACAGAUAUAUUAUGCCUGACGAUGCCGAACUCAAAAGCAUACGUGAGAAAGUUUCCAUGGGAAACAUCAACGCUUUUGAAGAUCAAGAUGUGGUUGAGGGAAUGCAGUGCACACCUCCACGAAAGGCAAGAGUUUCUGUUCAUGUUGGAGUCUGGACUCGUCCUCAGCCCUUGUCUAUUGGGGAUUCAAUAAUCACUAGCCCACGUGUGUUGUGGGAGAUUGAUACCCCAACAGAAUUCAGCCCUGACGAUCAGGACUCUCUUGAAACUUACGGGUUUAAUGUGGAAGGGAGCUCCAAAGAAAGUGCCGUGAAGGAUUCUAAGGGAAAGAUCGGUCUGAAGAUGCGCCUUGAUACAGGAUCCACAAAAUUUGAAUAUCCUCCUCCGCCUAAGAUACAAGAUGUUUCAACGGACAAUUUGGAGCCAUUACCUUACAGCAGAGUACCCAGGCGAAUUUCAUUCAUACCAGGACAAGAAGGAGGCCAGAGGAAACAAUCGUACUUAGAAGGUAUUCAAUCGCCUGUUCAAAAGUGCCGACGGCAGAGUCGCCGCUCCUAUCUUUUAGCAGGAGAAGAUGCUCCAUGGGAAUAUUUGUGUCCAAUAACAAGGGAGCUUAUGGUAGACCCUGUAACGUUAUCCACUGGACAAACGUAUGAUCGUGCACCGAUUACUACAUGGAUAAAUAAUGGCCAUUAUACUUGUCCAGUGACUGGGCUGACAAUUACAAGCACAGAUCUGGUUCCUAAUCAUGCUCUGCGCCAUGCAAUUGGUCGAUGGGCCGAUGAUCAUGCAAUCAAAUUACCUGAAUCUAUGCCAGUUCCUGCAAUCGUACAAAGGAUCGUCGCUCCAACCCAAAGACUAUUGGAGUGGGGUCAGUGUCUUCCAGAUGCGAAGGCACCUGUUGUUGUGGCUGUUCGUAGCCUGUACCGUGGAAAUAGUCGAGAGCAGGAAGCUGCACUUGAGGAGAUAUACACCAUAGCGAAAGAUGGAGGAGAGGAGAGUCGCUGUAUUAUUGCUGAAGUAGGGGUCAUACCUGCUUUAAUUUUUCUGCUGCAAAAUGGGACUUUACUCGCAAGGGAGCUUGCCGCAAAAUGUUUGCGUUUUCUGUGUCGAAGCACAAAUACCAUGAUUACUCAAGCUGCUACUAGUGGAAUUCCGUUUCUUGUUUCAUUACUACAUCAGGGCACACUGGAUGCAUGCGAAGCAGCUGCAGGAGCAUUAGUUAACUUAUCAGCAAGAAAUGAAGCUAACAAGUUAACCAUAGCUGCAGCUGGUGCCAUUCCAUGGCUGAUUCGCAUGCUUGAUGGGAAGGGAAUGUUUUCGUCUUUCACUACUCAGGAGAUAGCCUCUGCAGCACUGUGCAACUUGGCUGUUAAUGAACAGAAUCGUGAUGAAGUUGCAAAAGGAGGAGCAAUUCCCAAGCUUAUUCAGGUUGUGAGUGAUUGCCCAACUCCGGAGGCUGGGGAGUAUGCUGCUCAUGCUUUGGGGAGUCUUUCUUGCGACAACUUCGAAAAUGCCAGUCUUAUGAUUGCGGCAGGAGCAGCAGAGGUGUUAAUCGCAAUGGCGGGCCCAGGAACUCCAUGGACACAAGAAGCUGCAGCCCGUGCAAUCAGAAACAUCUCCUUCCACGAAUCUCUUCGACCAGCGUUGGUCGAGGCAGGGGCCGUUCAGCAGCUAAAUGCGCUGUUAGAAUACAGUACACCUCGGGCUGCAGAUGCCGCUACUGCUGCCUUGUGGAAUUUGACACCGUAUCGACCAACCAACCUGGACGAGACUUUUGCACAGGAUGAGCAGGAGCAUCAGCACGAACAACCCGAGAAAAAGGAGGAUGAACAGGAUUCUGAGGAGAUAAGUGGGAGGGCAGAGUCCGACUGAUCCAUCAACCCCAGGAAAACGUCUCCCCUCACUAGCCUUGCCAGAUGAGAUCUGACGAGCUAACUUCGUUUCCAUGCAGACAAUAGCCACCAAAAGUAUUGUGGAUUAAAACACAUGUAGAAUGGUUGCACUUAAUGAAUGGACAUUUAUACUUGCUUUCAUUAUACUGUGCACCAUUUUUAGGUCAGAUGAUUAUCUUAUGAAUUUCUUCAAACUUUAAUCAGUGAAUUAUCUAAAACAAAUGACAAGCAAAAAUAUCGCCAUUAUUUACAUGGUAUUUUUUGGUGUUAACCAUGAACUUGGAGCC